AUGAAAAUUAAAGCUAUUUCUCGCUCUACUGCCUCGCAGCAGGCUCCGGGAUCAGCUGUCGUUCGACAGCCCCGAAACCUUGACCCGGCGCAACAUCCAUUCGAACGUGCUCGAGAAUAUACCCGAGCUCUCAAUGCCACCAAGCUUGAACGUCUUUUCGCUGCGCCUUUCUUAGCUCAGAUUGGUGAUGGCCACGUGGACGGUGUCUAUUCCAUGGCCAAAGACCCAGGCUCGUUGGAACGUUUCGCCAGUGGCAGUGGUGAUGGAGUGGUCAAGGUCUGGGAUUUGACGACCCAGGGCGAGGUCUGGAACACAGACGCCCAUGAGAAUAUUGUCAAGGAUGUGUGCUGGACACCCGAUCGGAAGUUGCUUUCUUGCGCGGCCGACAAGACCGUCAAGUUGUUCGAUCCGUACAACUCGUCGUCCGAUGCUCCACCUCUCGCAACUUAUCUGGGCCAGGGUGCCUUCACCAGUCUGUCCCACCAUAGACAUCUUCCUUCCUUUGCUGCGUCAUCGUCGUCUCAGAUCCAAAUCUACGAUCUCUCUCGGCCUUCUUCUACGGCCUCCCAGACCCUCAACUGGCCCACCAGUAUCGACACCAUCACAUCGAUUGCCUUCAACCAGACAGAGACUUCGAUCUUGGCAUCUACUGGUAUCGACCGCUCUAUCAUUAUGUAUGACCUGCGAACUUCGUCCCCGCUCCACAAGCUUGUCCUGCGACUCGCGUCGAACGCCAUCACGUGGAACCCCAUGGAGGCAUUCAACUUCGCGGUUGCCAACGAAGAUCACAACGCCUACAUAUUUGACAUGAGGAAGAUGGACCGCGCAUUGAACGUGUUGAAGGACCAUGUGGCAGCGGUCAUGGAUGUUGAAUUCAGCCCGACGGGUGAAGAGUUGGUGACGGCUUCCUACGACAGGACGAUCCGUGUGUGGAACAGAGCCGAAGGUCACUCGCGUGAUAUUUACCACACAAAGAGAAUGCAACGGGUCUUCUCCGUCAAGUUCACGCCCGACAACAAAUAUAUUCUGUCCGGGUCGGACGACGGCAACAUUCGACUCUGGCGUGCCAAUGCCUCCGAUCGCAGCGGUAUCAAGAGCGCCCGUCAACGAGCCAAGCUGGAGUACGACCAGGCUCUGAUUCAAAGAUACUCACACAUGCCCCAGAUCAGAAGAAUCAAGCGCCAGCGUCACGUGCCAAAGCCUAUCAAGAAGGCCGGCGAGAUCAAGAGAGAGGAACUCAAUGCGAUCAAGAGACGCCAGGAGAACAUCCGGAAGCACACCAGGAAGGACAAAUUGAAGCCAAGAGAGAGCGAGCGCCAGAAGAUGAUCCUGACCUCGGAGCAGUAG